GUUUGGUAUCCGGUAUGUCUCCAUUAUCUGGUCCAGGGAAUUUGUACUUUCCUUCCCCGUGAAGCAAACUUCUCCAACCUAGAACCCGCCAGAUGCGAUGAACUCCUAUAGCUCCCGCCAGCGCGGCAAGGACGUGUUGGAUGCGAUGCUGGCAAUUGUAAUUCAGCGCAUCUGGACGGCGCCAGGUGGAAGAAGGUGUCAUAUAGGGAAUUUUUACUUCAUCGCAUCAGUGUGCUUGGUUUCAAACCUCUAAGACUUAAGUUGUGGAUUUUUGUGGUUUCCCUUCCUGGAAGGAUGCUCAUGCUGGUCAAGUGGAAAUGCAGCUGGUGAGGCUUGCAGACACAGGGGUGGAGAGAAUACAGAUGCUGGAUUUCUUUGUGUCAGUAUGCAGGUAUCAGAACGUGAUGGAGUGUCCACAGGGAAUGGAUUAGACAGCCCCACAGCAUCUGAGUCUCAGCAAGUUUCGCCCUCUCACCCCAAGCCUCCUUCUUUGGACCUCUUCAAUCUGGUGAUAUCCUAUAAGCAGCUGGAGCUGUACCUGGAACCACUGCAGGAUGUUGCUGAAGGAGUGUGGUUCCUCCUCAGCUGGCAGAUGCCCUUCUGCUCUCUCUUUACUUGCUUGGGGGUCAACUUUCUGCUGCUUACUCUGAGUGAAGCUGCUUGGUAUGGGCUGUGUGUCCUGCUGAUCUCAGUGCCUGCCAUGCUCGGCUAUCUACAGGAAACAUGCCGCAUCCGUCUGACUGAAGAGCAGCUGGCACGCCGUAGGUAUCACAGUGUGCGGCGAGAGGAUGUGAGAAAAGUUCAACUUUCUCGAAAUGAGGCUGUGGCUGAAGUUAAGGGCUUCCUGAUCCGAUUAGAAGCCCUCCUGAACAGGCUCUGCAGUGGCUGUGAAGCAGCUUACCGUGUCCUCUUCUGGGAGAACCUGACGGUGUCCUCCCGGUUUUAUGGGCUGCUGAUGGGUUCAGUUUGUGCCCUUUACCUGCUGCCCCUCUGCUGGAUCUUUGUUCUUCUUAAUAGUGCCCUUUUCUUGGGCAAUGUGGCAUUUUAUCAAGUGAUGCUGGACCUAAAGUCAGCUGUAGAGCAGCGCUUGGGCUUCAAACCCAUCCCUGUGGCUCCAGAGCCUGAAGAGCUGUAUGUUGGAGAAGUGGGAGCUGAUGUCUUGCCAGAUUGGACACCUACACUGAUUGGUACUGAGGACCUGACCCCUGGCAGUGUGGAGGAAGCAGAGGAAGCUGAACCUGAUGAUGAAUUCAAGGAUGCAAUUGAGGAGACUCAGCUGCUUGUAAUGGAGGAGGAUGACAUCUCCCAGGGUUCAGGAGAAUUUGAGCUUGGCCUUCCUGACAGUCCCUUUAUGAGCAAGAAUGAAGUGAUUCGUAGCAGGGUAUCACGGUUGACAGAACGUCUGCGCAAACGCUACCCAACCAACAACCUUGGAAACUGUGCAAGUUGUUCUGCCACUUUUUCUGUAUUGAAGAAGAGGCGAAGCUGCAGUAACUGUGGGAACAGUUUUUGCUCCAGGUGCUGUUCUUUCAAAGUUCCCAAGAGCUACAUGGGGGCUACAGCCCCUGAUGCCCAGCGGGAGACUGUCUUUGUCUGUGGACAGUGUAACCAAGCACUCAUCAAGUGAGAAUUAUGGAAUCCAGUCUUCAGAUGGAUCUGCUGUGGAUCUUACACUACGCUAGCUGCUACUUGGAGGGAGUCAAGCAACAGCUUCUUCUCUUCGUCCCUAUACUUGUAAUAGGGAGCACAUCUAACCUGCUGACUGCUCUGCGUGCUCCCGCUCUCUUUCUUGCAAGCAAUUGAGGAGGGUCCUGAAAUCCUAAUUGUGCGGAGAAUUCUUUGUGCACUAAACCAACAUAAGCUUACUUCCCUCCUCCCAAAUCCAAGAGCAAACAUCAUUUCCUUAAUAGUCUGUGGCCCCAAUUUUUUCUGGAGCUUGGCUGACAAGAGGUUGGCUGUCCUCAUUUUUGCAAGGUCCCUCUUGGCAUUUGGACUCAUCAAAGCUCUCAAAGUAUGUGUUUUACUAUUGCUGAGGUGCCAUCCCUCUCUUUCUGUGUGCGCGCGCGUGUGUAUGUAUGUUCUGAAAUGGAGGCUGGGUCUUCCUUCAGAUGAUGGUUAUAGUUGGCUCUGAGAGCAGGCUUUGCAGUGUCAAGAGGACCAGCUGUAGUUGUCCAACCAGUGAUGUAGCUGGAUCUAUUUUUUUCUCCCUAUCUCAGGUGAGGACAGUGUUUCUCUCCCUUCUCCACCUCCAUGCCACUGACUUUGCUUUUCUUACUUUUUAGCUAAAGCUCCUUAGCAUGGUCAGACUAGGAUCCGGAAAAUGUGUGCUUUUCAUCCCUGCAUUGUUAGAAGGCAGAGGCUGCUGUAGUUAACCAGCAUUCUUGCUAAUAGCAAAGCCUAGCUGAAUGUCAGGGAGCUUCCUCAGGAGAUGGAUCACUUCUACAGAAGUGGAACACUUUGGACUAUUGCAGAGUAAUAUAUAUCCCAACAAUAAACUGUAUCCUUGGGUAGUGAAGCUAACAUUUUCAGAGUAUGAAGUAAUUUUUAUUGCUGUGAGGGCUGUAGGGGUGAUAUAGUAGGGUGCCUGCUAUGGAUAAACAUUUCUGGAAGAAGAGUAUUAGCAUACAGAUAGAACAAUGGAACAUAGGAUGCAUGAUGGGGAAUAAGACAAUGGGAGGAAUUCAUUGGGACAUACAGGAUAUGGUGGUCUCAACAGAACAGGCAAAUUGUGUCUAUAAUGUGCUGAAGUAUAUGGGAUAUGAGAUGGAACAUAAUAGAUGUAAUCUCAAAUGUCAAGAGGAAGUGUUUUCUGUGGAGCUGGCAGUAUCUUGGACAGUCCCUUUGAGACUCGGCCAUGGUGAGGUAUUGGGUAUGCCUGAUAGGAAUACAACUGAGAAUGUCUUUUGCUUUGGGGGCAUGAGGAACAUAGAUACAAAAACUGGCUGGAAGGAGAUUCACACUGCUUUUGACUUUAAUAGAUAUACUGAAUCUCCCUCUUCUGAUUGGACAGUUGUACAUGUCAUCAAAGGCAUCUGGUUUUCCAGGACUAAAAUAUAUAUUCCAGGACUAGAUGGAUUCUUACUUUAAGAUGUGAAGUGACGUUUUAUAAAUCUUCACAGUGUAUCAGGCAUUCCCAACAUUUUUGAGUUGCUUGGUUCCUUUGGAAUGUUGAGACCAUGUUGUGAAUGCUCACUUAAAAUAACUGUUGGGGUGGGAAAAAGGAUUUCCCACUGGCAGAAUGGCUGCCAUGUGGGACAUAGCUAUUAUAUUGCUCCAGUUUAUUAGAAUGCUACCUCCCCUCUGCUUCUCCCACACAACCCUGGUUCUCUGCUACUUCUGCUAACUGUCAUCCUUUUUCUGGACAGGUGGCUAUUUCCAGAUGAAGUUCUGAAGUGCAGUAUCACAAAGAUGAUGCUGAAGGUUGGCAUUUUUCUUUAUAAUGCCAGUUUCCCAAUUGUAAUGUAUAAUUUUUUAAUAUGUAAUAUGUGGUGAAAUCAGGAGCCUAGUAGUUCCCAUGAGAGGGGUCUCUGUGCAGAUGGGAGCCCCCGUGAGAAACCUGGGUUAUAAACUGUAUAAAAGUUAAAACUUCCUGUUUAUUUCCUGCCAUCUUUUAAAAUGACAAAAGCAACUGAGACUUUGGUGUCUAUAAAACACAUUUUGUAAAGUAAUCCCAUCAAUAACACCUUUCAUUAGGCUUUAGAGUUGUUAAUUUCAUGAAAAACGGUGAAAGAUCUGUUCAUCCCACCCUCCUAUAAGCAUUUAAAAACUGAUUAGUAGGCUACCAGAGAAAUGAGCUGUAUGUAGUAACAAUACAGCAGUAACAAGAUAUUACUUCAGACUUUGUACACCACUCAUACAAUAUUUCUAAUAACGUCCUGUGUCACUGGUACAGUAUGAUUUUUUAAAACUUGACCAAAUGAGGAACUUCUCUUCCUCCCCGCCCCCCAAACUGCACAUAGGAAACUGCACUGGGGCAGAUCAGUUCACUGUAUCCUGAUGAUUGUUGCCAAAUCCUCUUGCUAAGAUAAUGUAAUGCUUUUAUUGUUGUAUUUAUUAAUUGUCAUUUGAUUGGAAAUAUAAGGAAACAGUGCUGCUACUGCUGCGGAGAAACUGAUAAUGCUGGGUGCUGAAUGGGUCGGGUCAGGGGUCAGGGUCAGGACUGUUACAAAGUGAGCCCCUGAGGUGUCAGCCAGCUCCAGGCAUUUCUUGUGUGGCUUAAUAGCUUUUCCACAUUAAAAAAUUGUGCCAUUUUGCUUAUUGCUUUCAAGUUAAAAAUUUAGAGGGUAAUUUUAAAAGUAAAUUAUCUUGAUGAAGUCUGUACCUUUUCUCCCUUGAAUUCAAAAGUAUUCAUCAUUGGUAAAGUUGAGAAAAGAGUAAUAGCUCAUGUUUUUCUUCCCAGCAAGUUAGAACUGGAAUUUGGUUGAAGCUUUCCUUUCUCCAAAAUGUAACUUUACUUAAAAAUAAGGGCCAGGGUUGGAUAGAUGAGAGUGCUAUAAUUAUAGUCCGUCUGCUAUUAUUUGAAGAAUUAAUAAUAUUUUAAGCAUUAUAAUGAUAGGGUUAAUCAGCAUAAUGUUGAUUUGAGAAAACAGUAUGUGGUAACUUAGAUUGGUGCUAGAGGCUAGUUAUGAGAGAUUUUGUGGAUCUCCGAGGAGCUAAAUAUUUCUAACUCAGUGAAGAUCCAUUACAGUAAUAAAAUAAGUAUAUUAUGAAUACUUAAUUAUCAAUAAAAUCAUAAAGACAUUUAUACAGAGAAAACCCUGUUGAAUUCAAAGCUUAAUUCUGAGCAACUGAAAUUAAAUUCUAGGCUGGGAGGCGGCAUGUAAAUGCACAAUAGUAGUGCUUCAUCUUAAUUCUAUUAAAGAGGCUAACUUGGUCUGAGGCAUAGAAAUGAUAAAUGUUAUUCCAUAAAGAAGGGCUCUGUGUUGCUUCCAUGUAUUUAAGCAAAGAUGGGUCUCACAUUGGCAGAUUUAGUAGAAAUCAGUCCUAAAAUGAUGUAGAGGAACUAUAAAUCAAAAGACACAAUUUAUGGGAAUGCUCAGAUUUCACUGGCUGAAAGUUCUGUUUCCUGGUGGGUAACUUAACACUUGUUCUGGAUAAUGCUGAUGGUGUUUGUGAGAAAAAAACAUGUAGGAUAUUUUUUCCACAACUUUUCUUUGAAAAGGAGAAUUAGAAGGAAUUAACCCUUUUAAAAGAGUUUGUAUUGCAUUAGUCUGAGAGCAGAAUAAAGAGAUUUUGUUUAUAAGAAUAGAAAGUUCUAGCAUGGAAUUAAUUUAAGAGGAUGUUUUGAAAAAGAAUGAGACAAAGGUAGCAAAUGAUAAAGUUGAACAAAUGGAAUUCCAGAGCUGUGCCCUUGUGUCAACAAAACAUUUAUGCUUCCAACUUUCAAAACUCACUCUCUCUGUGUGUGUGUGUGUGUGUGUGUGUUUGAGAUGACUUUAUGAGAGAGAGACUUGAUCUAUCUUGCAAAGAUCAGUAUAGAUGGAAUGGUAAGAUGCCUCCUUGUUGAUGGUUGAAAGUUGCAGAUGAUAUGUAGGGGAUAAACAAUGUAAUUAAGAAAAUGCUAGUUGUGAAGUUUUAUUGGGGAAGAGUGUUUCAUCAGUUUUUAACUAUUGUAUUUUCGUUUUCUUCAUUUAAUUAGCAAAUAGAUACCACCUUGCAAGGAAAAUUACAGAUUGCAUUAGAAGUAGUUAAACCUGGAGAUUUAGGAACUAAAAGACCUCAUCACUCCAAAAUACUGUAUUUUUGGUGCUAAUCCCACAGAUUCUGGCACAGUGUUAGGUCUGGGGUACAAUGGAGGAUGGAGAAUUGAAAUCAAGCCACCAAUACUACUGCUACUGUUGCUUGCAGUAGCAGCAUAUAACCCCAGAAAAGAAGAGUUUCUAGGGAAAAAGAAGCUAAAAGAAGAGACUUGGAUGGCAAACUAAAAUGCAGAUUCCUGAGACCUAUGAGAAUUAUUCAGGGCCAAUUCAAUAUAAUGCUCUUUCUUUAAACAACUGAUUCUUAAGAGAUUAACUCUCAAAGUGCUAUUUUUUCAAAUUCUGUCUGGUGCAAAUCACAUACCUUUCACUUUCCUUCCCUCCCCUCCCUCCAUUUUUGUUCUAAAACUUCAGGAAUGUCCAUUUCAUCACCUAUGAAAAUUCAUCUAUUAUAGACAAAUAUUUAAAAGAGUUGUGGCAACAAAGAUAGCAGCCAGCAAUCUUGAUUCUCCACAGUGUGUGUGUCAUGUAAGACAUAUGUAAACUUUGCAAACUCCCACAUCUUAAAGUCCCCAUAUCUUAGAUUUGCUGAGCUUGAGAAACACUGCUAUCAAGUAUCUAAGAAUGUUCUUUUUUGUGACUGGAAGAGAUCUUUCUUCUCACCCACCCUCUUCUCUUGUCCCUGCAAGUUUUGGCUAGGAGUAACUCCCUAUGAAAAAUUUAUCUGUGUGCAAGCCAGGAUUACUCGCUUCCAUUUACUUUGUCUUAGGCAGCUGUCCUGUCCUCUCGCAGCGCUAAUGCUAUGUAUGUAUUUGUGUGCCCAUCUGGAAGGUAUGAGGAAGACAACCCCACUCUGUUUGCCAUCUGGCUGGACUCUUGGUGGUCUGGCAUCCUGCAUGGUGGACAGCCACUUGGCAGGCCUGGUUGGUUUGGCAUCCUUUCUUGUAGGCAAACACAGGAAUACUUGUUUCUUUAGUAUUGGCACAUUAAUGCAUAUCAUAGUUGCAAAAGUUUCAGCAGUGUGUAGGUAGGUACGUGUGGGAAGUAAUAGGGAAAAGACUGGAAGAACAAGGAAACUAACAGGUAUGUUUUUCAGUGGUAUUCCCCAUAAAUUUGGGGUAGUCAUCCCCUCCCCUGUGUAAUUGAUCAUGGAUAAUCUGUGUGCCUCUUGCUUUGUCUUUUGGACAUGAGACACAAUGCCAGCCUCCAGAGUAACAUUAGAAAUUGUUCCAAAACCAUAUCCGGCAACUCUGCCUUAACAUAUGCCCACAUGAUUCAGUGCAGAGCUGAUAAUGGCAGGGAUGUAUGUGUGUGAAAUUAUGGAGAAAGAGUCACUUUAGCUCAAAAGUACUGACUGCCCUCUAGCACCACCUUGGAGAAAUUGCUCAAUCUCUGCUUGAAAUUCUGCUUGGUCUGGAAAGAAGCUAGAAGUGGAAGUUGGGGUUGGAGUUAAAGCCAAAAUUUGGCCAGGCCCAGUGGAGUCCUACUUUGAGCAACAUGUAUUUCUUCAAGCACAUGAGAAUAGGGUGAUCUGCCAUACUUAGAGCUUCAUUUCUGGAUUAUUAUUAAAAAAUAAUGUAAUAAGUUGCUUUAGAGUAGGUUUAAAAGAAUGUAUAAAUGAAUGGUUCAUUAAACAUGGAUUUCCUGCUCAUAACA